AUGGUUCCGCAAGGGUUUGACCCUGGGGCAAUUAUCUCCCUUGACAAACCUGCCCCGUCGCGAUGGGAACUUCUCGAAAAAGUGAACGAGCAUGACUAUCAGGUGACCAAGGAGGAGCACGAUGAUAAUGGUUCCCGCUCUUUCGCAACAGCCAGAUACCUGUGCUGCGAUCCCAAAACCCGGAGUAGAAAGGCCUUCAUGCGCAUCUACAUGCAAGUUCCCCACCGGAAGACUGAAAUGGAUGAUGCAGAUACUAGAAGCCAACAAGCCACAAUGUACCAUCCUAGGGAGCUGAUCGCUUACUUGGAUCUCACUGAAAAGGGCUCGACCGAGACACCACGGCUUCUCGGAUACAAGAUUGAUAAACAGGAUCGCUCAGGGCUCGUGCCGGGUGGUUUCAUGAUCUGGCUUGUCCACGAGAGGGAGCAAGUUCGCUUGGCCUUUCUCGAAACUAUAUCCAAACUGCACAAGAAUGGAUGGGGCCCCCGUGUGGGUGGCGCACAUUGCCUCAUUUGGCACCGGGAGGCACAAAAGCUCUACGUUAUCGGACCAUUCGGUAAGGCCGGCAAGCUCGAGCGUCCCAUACAUUUUGAUGCCAAGUGGAUUGCGCAUUUCGAACUCGCCAAGCCAGAGCCCUCUACGAAUGUAUUUGAUAGUGAUUGGGAUGGAGAUACCUCACGCUGGCAGUGGUAG